GCCGCUACGAUUCCAAUCCAACGCAGUGAGCUUGCGCUGACAGUACUGUUAUAUCGACAAGCAGCAGAUUUUCUGCCCUGGCACAAUGCAGCGCUGUGGAGAUGUGUACUUGGUAACAGGAGGGAAUGGAUUUCUUGGACAACAGAUCGUGAAACUCUUGAUGAAAGAAAUGGAGAAUCUCGCAGAAGUCAGAAUACUGGACAAGUUGAUGAACCAAGACUUUGUGCAAUUUCUGGAAGGAGCUGGAUACUCAGAGCAUUUACAUUUCUUCAAAGGAGAUCUGAGAAACAAAGAGCUGGUGCAGAGAGCCUGCCGAGGGGUGACCUGUGUUAUUCACUCUGCGUCUGUGAUUGACGUUUGGGGUUACAUCAGUAAAGAAGAAAUUGAAUCCAUCAAUGUUGAAGGAACUCGACUCUUGUUGGAAACUUGCCUCCAACAAAAUGUGAAGUCUUUCAUCUACACCAGCACUGUUGAGGUGAUGGGGCCGAAUUCCAGAGGUGAUCCCAUCAGGAACGGUGAUGAAGACACAAUCUAUCCCAUCACCCUCAAGUUUGAAUACAGCAAAACAAAGCACAGAGCUGAACAACUGACGCUGAGAUCAAAUGGAUGGCUCCUCCCUAAUGGUGAGAAGAUGAUAACAUGUGCCUUACGCCCAAUGUACAUUUAUGGUGAAAUGAGCCGCUUUCUGGUUCAACACCUCGACGAAGCCAUUAACAAUGGAGAUGUUUUAGUGAGAAGCUCCAAGAAGGAGGCUCUUGUGAAUCCGGUUUAUGUUGGUAAUGUGGCUUGGGCUCAUGUCUUAGUGGCCAAAGCCUUUAAGGAUCCAGAGAACAUUGUUGGUGGACAGUUCUAUUACAUCACAGAUGACACCACAUACAUGAGCUACUCUGAUUUUAACUACAAAUUGAUGAAGCCACUGGGCAUUCAGAUCGAGUCACAUCUAAAGAUGCCUCUGAUACUUACGUACUUUAUAGCUUUCAUACAAGAGGUGUUCCAAUUCUUGAUGAGCCCUUUCUUCAAAUAUACUCCCAAAAUACCCAGGCAACUCAUCACAAUGUUAAACACAGAAUUUACCUUUUCCAGCCACAAGGCUUACAAAGAUUUCGGCUACACUCCACGUUACAGCUGGGAGGAGGCAAGACAGAGAACCACUGCCUGGUUGGAGUCCAUUUUACAAGAACGAAGAGAUGUUGUCAAAAAAAAACAACAACCCUGCAGCCCAAAGCACCCAAAGUGAUGUUAAUUUAAAUUAACAUCACUUAAAUGCCAAUAAUUCCAUGAAGAGCAGUUCCCCGUAACAAAUAUAUAAACAAAACAAAAAAAUCACACCCCAGUUUAUUUCAGUUAAAAGAGACGUGUUUAGUUGCCUCAUCUGCUUCUUGUUAAGUUUGUUAGAUCAUUUUUGUUUUUAGUCAGGUCAUAGCGUUGGGUUCGCAAUGGAAAGCAAUGAAAUUAUGAUUGGGAAACAAAUUUAGAUUUUACAGGAGGAAAAAUAUAGGAGGACCUGUCUUUAGUAGAAAAUGUCCUCUAAAAUAUACAGAGUUUUAGACAAUAAAUACUUUUGAAGUUGAAAAAGCAUGACAGUGAUCACUAAUAGCAAAACAGAGCUGCUAAAGGGAUACUUUAGGUCCCACUGUCUAUUUUACAUGUAGGACCAUCUUUAGAAACAUGGCCACUGAUCAGGUAAAACCUGGCUCCAAGGUUUUAAUUCAGUCACGUGCCAGAACUGCAAAGAUUUUUUGAUUCUAUGGUGGACACAUCCUUUAAUAUAAUGCAGUUUGAGGUGUCAGAUAUUUAUCCACUACUUGGAAAGCUUUCAUCUGCUGUCCAGAUAAGAUAACUCUUUGUUCUUUGGUAUAGAAUUCCUAUGUAUAUAUGUAUCCCUUGUGUAACACUAUAGAAUUUAUUAUCCAACAAGACUUGUGUGCUAUUUUUGGCAUUGACUUUCACAAAGGCCAUUGAAAUGUUGGAGAGGGUACCGAGAAGAGUGAUUAAAAUAUUGCCCACAAAAUAUACAGUUAAUUCACUUUGCAGUAUAUUCUGUGAA